CGGUAAAAAAUUUAGGAGGGGUUUCUUGCAGGAGGGGUCGAGAUUUUUCCAUAAAACCCUACGCCCAAGCCUCUCUUUGAAUCAUUCAUUCAUUCAUUCUACGCUCCACAAUUUCCUUUCUGCUUACCAAAAAUCUCUCUUGCAUCGCUCGUCUUCUUCAACAACCAGCCAGCCAUGUCUUGCUUCAGAGGGGAAUAUGCCGAUGAACUCAUUGCUAAUGCUGCCUAUAUUGCCACCCCUGGAAAGGGUAUCCUUGCUGCUGAUGAAUCCACCGGCACUAUAGGGAAGCGUCUAUCAAGCAUCAAUGUCGAGAACAUUGAGGAAAACAGGAGGGCUCUUCGUGAGUUGCUUUUCACAACUCCUGGUGCCUUUGACUACAUCAGUGGGGUUAUCUUGUUUGAGGAAACGCUUUACCAGAAAGCUUCAUCUGGCAUACCCUUCGUUGAGCUCAUGAAGAAAGGUGGAGUCCUUCCAGGGAUCAAGGUGGACAAGGGUACCGUCGAGCUUGCUGGUACAAAUGGUGAGACCACUACUCAGGGUCUUGACGGGUUAGCUGAAAGGUGCAAGAAGUACUAUGAGGCUGGUGCUAGGUUUGCAAAAUGGAGGGCUGUUCUCAAGAUUGGCCACACCGAGCCAUCUCAACUUGCUAUAAACGAAAACGCCAAUGGUCUGGCCCGUUACGCGAUCAUCUGCCAGCAGAAUGGACUUGUACCCAUUGUUGAGCCCGAGAUCCUUGUCGACGGGGCCCAUGACAUCAACAAAUGCGCUGAUGUCACAGAACGUGUCCUUGCUGCCUGCUUUAAGGCCCUCAAUGACCACCACGUCCUUCUGGAGGGCAUCUUGCUGAAGCCAAACAUGGUCACACCUGGCUUUGACUCUGCCAAAGUCUCCCCUGAGGUGGUAGCCGAGUACACCGUCCGCGCAUUGCAGCGUACCGUGCCUGCUGCAUGCCCUGGUGUUAUGUUCUUGUCCGGCGGUCAGAGCGAGCACGAGGCUACCCUUAACCUUAAUGCCAUGAACAAGCUCAAGGAGACCAAAAAGCCGUGGAGCCUUUCCUUCUCCUUUGGGCGUGCUCUUCAGCAAAGCACACUCAAGGCUUGGGCCGGAAAGGAGGAGAAUGUCAAGAAGGCACAGGAAGUUUUCCUUACAAGGUGCAAAGCCAAUUCCGAGGCGACAUUGGGAACCUAUUCUAGCUCUGCUAACCUGGGCGAAGGUGCCUCUGAGAGCCUUCACGUCAAGGAUUACAAGUACUAAAUGUGUUCCUUUGCUUUUUGAGAGGAUUUGUUAUUGCUCCUUCUUUAUCUGGUUGUUUGCCCUUUUGGUCAUUCUGCAGAGUCCUUAUGUUGGCUUAGGUCUUUGUUUCAAUAACUGCUCUUGGAAGUAUAUCCAACUUUUAUUUUGUUCGUCUCCCUUUUUUUGUUGUGUCUAUGGGUGCGGUAGAAAAAACUGAAAUAAAAGGUUUGAAGGCAG